AAGACUUUUUGAGAUGGAGUGAGUAAUACAAAUAAAUGGUUUACCCAUGCUGGUAAUUAGGAGAUUUACUCAGUUGCACGGUUUUAACCUUCGGUCCUACUCAAUUAAGUUCUGCACUUCUGCCACCUUCUUCCUUGCGGAGGAGUGUCCAUAAACACAAAGUCAGAAGCUCUCCAGGCCCCAUUUCUUUCCAUAAUCUUCCCCGUUUUUGAAAUCUCCUGUCCUUCCUGCACUAUACUGGCUCUUCCAACAAUGGACGCUUUCAGCUUGCUCAAGUUCUGGCGCACCGGUGGUGGUUUCGGCGGAAGCAGAGCCCUUGCUGGCCGACCCGGCUGUGACUCCUCCUCCUCCUCCUCCGGGAGGACCACCAUUCUCGCCGUUUCGUCGCCUCAUUUUUCCGACUCCGGCUCGGACGUCCCCCCCGAAUCCGACGAAGGUCGCUUCAUUGACUUGGAAUUCACGACCGCUCCCGAAGACAAAGGCCGUGGAGACGACGGUGAAAAGGCCGAUCAGCGGCGUAAGAAAAGUCAACAUGCAGUAGGUGAUGACGACGACGAUGACGGAAGCGGGUCCGACGAGUCGUACGGCGAGAACGAAGAAGAAGGUGCGCUGAAUUUGACUUUCUCGGCCGCGGAUUCCUCCUCCGGCUCGAGCGCUGCGGAUCCGUAUUCCUCGGACGAUAUCUUCUUCAACGCCGCCGCCGGCCUUUUCCCCGUGGAGCCGUCUUCAUCGGAUGCCCGGGGGGCGGCGAACGCGAAAUUCCCGGCGUCUCUGGUGAAAAAGGCGGCAAAAUUCAGGGUCCUGAUGCUGAAAUUGAACAAGCCGAGAGCGAAUAAUGCGGAAAAAAAGGAGUCGGGAGGGACAAAUCCAGGCCAAAAGGAUGCGGAGGAGGACGAAGAAGACGAGAGCCCUAUUGGAACGGAGAAGAGGCCAUUGACGGUGAGAUUCACAGUUGUUGAAGAAAUCGAGCAGAAAUCUAACGCAGAAGAGAAGAAGUUUUCCAGGGAACCGAUGGAGAAAUACUUGAAUUUCGUGAGGCCGUUGUACGUCCGCGUCUCAAGGCGUUACGGAGGCGAGAAAUUAGGGUUUUCCGGAGGGGCGAGUUUGAACCGGGUGGAAUCGAAGGCGGAGAAAGGGGAAACCGAUCCGGCGGCGGACAAGUCGUCGGCAUUUAGGGUGAGGCAGGGCCUGAGAGGUCUCCGGGAACAUCUAAUCAAAAGCCGGACGGCGGCGCCGUCACCGGGGGCCUGGUCAUCCCGGCGGCGCGACGACUCGCUGUUGCAACAAGAAGAUGGGAUUCAAGGCGCCAUUUUACACUGCAAGAGAUCUUUCCAUUCUACCGGAGAGGACUCAAAUGUGUCGCAGGAAAACCCGGUGAACAUGUCAGACGACCUCAGCUCGCUGGACGAACCGGGUUCCCAAACGGGUUAAUUAAUCAUCCAUUAUUUCAUCCUACUCCCUACUAGUCCUUAAUCCUUAUAUGACCUUAUUAUUAAGGAUUAAGGAUGUUUAACAUUAAUAGUCACUAGUUAGGCUAUGUGUAAGGCUUUACUACCCAU